AUGAUUCGACGUAAAAUUGGUCGGUAUUUACCAAAGAAACAAUUGAUAUUUUUAUUUUAUUGUUUUUUUCUUCUGACGUUGCUGUUUAUUUACAAAGUGAUUGUAAAGGAACAUGAUGAUAACAACAAUAAUGUCGCGCAACCUUUUACUUUAUACGGUAAGUUCUUCGAGGUCCCUUUGUUUAUUUGAACUUGGAAGACAGUGACUCGAAAAGUAUGAGAUAGUUAAAAAAUGAAAUUUCAGAUGGUUUGGACCCAUUCCAAGCCUACAAGAAGAUAACCACCAAAAAAGAUUGGCACGACUAUGAAGCCAUGGAGAUGGACAAACGAAGAACAGGCCUUGGAGAACAUGGACAACCUAUAAUUUACAAUGACACCCCAGAUGAGGCUAAAAAGAGGGUAAGGUCUUUAUUAAAGUUUUUAUUGUAAAUAUUAUGUUAAAACUUUAUACCUAUUUGUUAUGUUGAUGAAUAUUUUAGAAAGAUCUGUAUCUUGUCAACGGUUACGAUGGCUAUGCCAGCGACUUGAUUGCCUUGGACAGGUCAGUAUAUGACAACCGGCAUCCUGGUUGUAAGAAAGUAAAUUACCUGAGUAAAUUGCCCACGGUUACAGUAAUCUUUCCCUUUCAUAAUGAGGCAAGUACGUUCAGUUUUUAACGAGAUAUUAUUUAUGCAGAAUUCUAAAAGUUUUUUGUUUUUUAUACUUAAGAAUAUAUAUUUUUGUUUCAGCACAACUCUACAUUGCUUCGGAGUAUUUACUCCAUUAUAAAUCGAUGUCCUAAAGAUGUUAUGAAAGAGAUUGUGUUGGUGGACGAUGCAAGCACUAAGCCUGAACUUAAAGAGUCAUUUGAAGAGUAUUUGAGGACUCACGGGUUAUCAGAUAUCGUGAAGAUCGUGCGAACACAGUAAGGCCUUUAAGAGAUAUUACUUCGGUUGAAGUGUAAGACAAUAUUAAAUUUGUUGUGUUUAAAAGACAUUGUUCUAAAUAUGUUGUCAUUAGCUGGUAUAACUUCAGAAAGCGUGAAGGUCUAAUCCGAGCACGACAGUUUGGAGCCAGAGCUGCGACUAAAGAGAUUCUGGUGUUUCUGGAUGCUCAUUCUGAAGCCAAUUACAAUUGGUUACCGCCAUUGAUUGAACCGAUAACUUUGGAUUACCGUACCGUGGUAUGUCCAUUUGUUGACAUAGUUGAUUGUGAUACAUAUCAGUACCGUAGCCAAGAUGAAGGAGCAAGAGGUACGGUUUGUUGCAAUUAUAUAUUAUAUUAUGAUAUACACUUCGCUAUUAUAUGCUUCUUUUAAAUGAUGUAUCUUAUUGUUGCUGACUAAAAUAUUUCAUCCUAGGAUCUUUCGACUGGAGUUUCAGUUACAAAAGACUGCCAGUCACAAAAGAGGACCAAAUGCAUCCAACAAGACCAUUUAACAGUCCAGUCAUGGCAGGGGGCUACUUCGCUAUUAGUGCUAAGUGGUUUUGGGAGUUGGGCGGGUACGAUGAAGGAUUGGACAUUUGGGGUGGGGAACAAUAUGAACUCAGUUUCAAGGUGAGUUAAUAAACAACAGUAAAUCUAACGUUACAUCUAUUGUAUGACUGCAUUUGAAAGCUGCAUGGCUAUGCCCAUAUUAUUUUGAGUAUUACCAAUCUUCAGACAUGGCAAUGCCACGGUAAGAUGGUCGAUGCACCCUGUUCUCGAGUUGGUCACAUUUACCGAUGCAAGUACAUUCCUUUCCCUAACCCGGGAGUGGGAGACUUUAUCUCUCGGAACUACAAGCGAGUGGCAGAAGUUUGGAUGGACGAAUACAAAGAGUUUCUCUACAAGCGACGGCCUGAGAUGAGAGACACGGAUCCGGGAGACUUGACAAAACAAAGGGCCAUCAGAGAGAGGUUACAGUGCAAAUCGUUCGACUGGUAUAUGAAGAAUGUGGCUUUCGAUCAGGACCUGUUUUAUCCCAAUGUUGAGCCUCCAGACAGUGCUAAUGGUAAACUUACAAAUUAAAUGAAGACAAUUUGACAUUACAUAAUCAUUAAAUGACUAAAAUUAAAUAGUUCUACAAAAUGGUGUUUUAUACAUAAGGUCAAUAGACUAAACAUACAUUUCAGGAUCAUUGAGGAACGUGGAGAUCAACAAAUGUGUGGACACGGACUUCCGGGAGCAGGGGAAGACGUUUGGACUAAGAAAGUGUAUGGAAGUCUCUACUUUCAUGCUGGGCGAGCAGGUACCUUUUUAAAUUAAAAAAAUAAUGUUUAAAAAAGAAAUAACAAUUUUACAGCCGUUGUCAAAAAACAGGCAACCUAUUUUUUUCAAGCGUAACUUUUUUUAAAAGGAUGUUAAAAACAAAAAAUUUUUUGUGAUUUUAGAUUGGUCUAUUAUACAACAAGCGCACAAAUAAUAAUUUUUAAAUUUGUUAAUUUCGAAAAGUUACAGUAAUUCUACCGUACCCCUGUUUUUCAACUUUGUGUCUAAAUUUUUUUUUCAAAAAUUGGAGAUAUACGUUUUGUAGAGCAUAAAAAGUUGUACAUAUUUUGUAAGUUGGACCACUUCACCUUAUCUAGUCAACGAGCUACGAUUUUUUUAAAUUUGAAAAAAAGAUUGAAAAACAAGAAAAGUUCGAUUCCGCUUGAAAAAUGGCCGUUUUUUGGAUUUUUAAAAAAUCGUUACUCGGUUAGUAAAAGAGACGAAGUAAUGAAACUUACAGAAUAUGUACAACUUUUUAUGCUCUACAAAACGUAUAUCUCCAAUUUUUGAAAAAAAAAUUUUAGACACAAAGUUGAAAAACAGGGGGUACGGUAGAAUUACUGUAACUUUUCGAAAUUAACAAAUUUAAAAAUUAUUGUUGGUGCGCUUUUUUUAUAAUAGACCAACCUAAAAUCACAAAAAAAUUUUUUUGUUUCUAGCGUCCUUUUAAAAAAAAGUUAUGCUUGAAAAAAAUAGGUUGCCUGUUUUUUGACAACGGCUUUAUAUCUAAAAUCUCAAAAAUGAACUUUCAGAAGCUUCGAAUGGCUUUCCAACUUGACAUAAAAGUAAAAAACGACAAAAACUUGUGUUUCGACGUCUCCCAGUACACAGAACGAGCACCAGUACUACUAUUUGGAUGUCACGGUACCAAAGGGAAUCAGAUGUUCAGGUACUUGAUAACAUCGCGACAGAUAUAUCACCCUCUGGCUAAUAUGUGUUUGGAUGCUGAUCCUCGGACUGAUCAAGUUUUUAUGAGUAAAUGUGUCAAGACUAAACGAACACAGCAAUGGAGAUGGUCGUAUCUCGACAAGGAGUUGAUGGAGAAGAGGAACCAGAUACCAAUGUAA